CAGGUACAAAUUGGAUCCCAUUCAUUUACAUUUGAUCAUGUCUAUGGAAGCACGGGUUCACCCUCAUUGGCGAUGUUUGAAGAAUGUGUUUCUCCGCUUGUAGAUGGUCUAUUCCAAGGCUAUAAUGCUACUGUUCUAGCUUAUGGCCAGACUGGAUCUGGGAAAACUUAUACCAUGGGCACAGGUUUUAAGGAUGGUUGUCAGACAACAGGAAUCAUCCCUCAAGUCAUGAAUAUCCUGUUCGGCAAGAUUGAAACUCUAAAGAAUCAAAUGGAAUUUCAAUUACAUGUUUCCUUUAUUGAGAUUCUCAAGGAAGAGGUACGAGACCUGCUAGAUCCUACUUCUUUUAGCAAAGUAGAGGGUGCAAAUGGACAUGCAGGGAAAGUAAAUCUACCUGGGAAACCACCAAUACAAAUUCGUGAAUCAUCAAAUGGUGUUAUCACUCUAGCAGGAUCCACUGAAGUUAGUGUAAACACACUGAAAGAGAUGGCUUCUUGUCUGGAGCAAGGGUCACUGAGCAGGGCUACAGGAAGUACGAAUAUGAAUAAUCAGUCAAGUCGCUCACAUGCCAUCUUCACCAUCACAUUAGAGCAAAUGCGUAAACUUAAUCCAGCUUUUCCUGGAGAGGGACAUAUUGACAAUAUGAGUGAAGAGUAUUUGUGUGCAAAGUUGCACUUGGUAGAUCUAGCUGGGUCUGAACGAGCCAAGAGAACAGGUUCUGAUGGUUUACGUUUCAAGGAAGGAGUUCAUAUAAAUAAGGGUCUUCUUGCACUUGGUAACGUCAUCAGUGCUCUUGGUGAUGAGAAGAAGCGCAAAGAAGGGGUUCAUGUUCCAUAUAGGGACAGUAAACUGACUCGACUCUUACAGGACUCUCUUGGUGGUAACAGCAGAACUGUUAUGAUAGCCUGCAUCAGCCCCGCUGAUAUUAAUGCCGAGGAAACUCUCAACACUUUGAAAUAUGCAAAUCGAGCUCGUAAUAUCCAAAACAAGCCAGUUGUUAACAGGGAUCCCAUGUCCAAUGAGAUGCUAAAGAUGCGACAACAACUAGAAUAUCUGCAGGCAGAACUUUUUGCACGUGGAGGGUCUUCAUCCGAUGAAGUUCAGGUUCUCAAGGAAAGGGUUGCCUGGCUUGAAGCAGCGAAUCAGGAUCUGUGUCGUGAGCUUCACGAAUACCGUAGUAGAUGCAGUAUUGUGGAGCAAUGUGAAACAGAUGCCCAAGAUGGUAUAAAUUGCUCUGUGAAAAGCGAUGGACUUAUAAAUUGCUCUGUGAAAAGUGAUAGGCUCAAAAGGGGCUUGCAAAGUAUUGAAUCACCUGAUUUUCAAAUGGGCGAAACCAUGUCAGGGGAUUCCCGUGAAAUUGAUGAAGAGGUGGCAAAAGAAUGGGAGCAUACACUUUUACAGAAUAGCAUGGACAAAGAAUUACACGAACUAAAUAAACGUCUAGAGCAGAAAGAGUCGGAAAUGAAACUUUUUGGAGGAUUUGACACAGCAGCUCUCAAGCAGCAUUUUGGGAAGAAAAUCGUGGAGCUGGAAGAUGAGAAAAGAGCUGUCCAGCAAGAGAGGGAUCGCUUGUUAACUGAAGUUGAAAACCUGGCUGCUUGUUCUGAUGGUCAAACACAGAAAUUACAUGACAUACAUUCCCAAAAACUUAAAACCCUUGAGGCUCAGAUUCUUGAACUUAAGAAGAAACAGGAAAACCAGGUUCAGCUACUAAAGCAAAAACAAAAAAGUGAUGAAGCAGCAAGAAAAUUGCAGGACGAGAUUCAAUUCAUAAAGGCUCAGAAGGUUCAAUUACAACAAAGGAUGAAACAAGAGGCAGAACAAUUUCGACAGUGGAAAGCAUCUCGUGAAAAGGAGCUCCUACAGCUAAGAAAGGAGGGUAGGAGAAAUGAAUAUGAAAGGCACAAACUGCAAGCUCUAAAUCAGCGGCAGAAAAUGGUUCUUCAAAGGAAAACAGAGGAGGCUGCAAUGGCCACCAAGAGGCUAAAAGAACUACUUGAAGCUCGUAAAUCUAAUGGUCGUGAAAAUUCAGGUAUUACGAAUGGAAAUGGAAUGAACGGGCAGAGCAAUGAGAAAUCUCUACAACGCUGGCUUGACCAUGAGUUGGAAGUGAUGGUGAACGUGCAUGAAGUUCGUUUUGAAUAUGAAAAGCAAAGCCAAGUGCGAGCUGCACUGGCGGAAGAGUUAUCCAUCCUAAGGCAAGUGGAUGAGUUUGCUGCAAAGGGCCUCAGCCCUCCAAGAGGAAAAAAUGGUUUCGCUAGAGUUUCCUCCAUGUCACCAACUGCAAGAAUGGCCAGAAUAACUUCACUUGAGAACAUGCUAAGCAUAUCCUCAAAUUCCCUUGUGGCGAUGGCUUCACAACUUUCAGAGGCAGAGGAAAGGGAGCGUGCUUUCACCAACCGUGGACGUUGGAACCAGUUGCGCUCCAUGGGAGAUGCAAAGAAUUUGCUUCAAUACAUGUUCAAUUCUCUUGCAGAUGCUCGGUGCCAACUAUGGGAAAAAGAACUUGAAACUAGGGAAAUGAAGGAGCAACUGAAAGAACUAGUUGGACUAUUGCGGCAGAGUGAGACACGGAGAAAGGAAGUGGAGAAGGAGCUAAAAUUGCGAGAGAAGGCUGUUGCGUUUGCAUUGGCUACAUCUGCAACGGUACAUCAUGAACAUGAGAGCUCACCACCCUCAUUGAAACACUUCGCUGAUGAAUUGAGUGGUCCCUUGUCCCCAAUGUCAGUACCAGCACCGAAGCAACUCAAGUAUACACCAGGAAUUGCUAAUGGCGCCGUUAGAGAUUCUGCAGCAUUCUUAGAUCAGACACGAAAGAUGGUACCAAUUGGAAACUUGUCGAUGAAGAAGUUUGCAACUGUGGGACAAGCUGGGAAACUAUGGAGAUGGAAGAGAAGUCAUCAUCAAUGGCUGUUACAGUUUAAAUGGAAAUGGCAGAAACCAUGGAGACUUUCAGAAUGGAUCAGACAUAGUGACGAAACAAUUAUGAGAUCAAGGCCUCGACCGCAUGCUCUGCCUGCUGGGAUGUGAUAUUUGGUGGUUUCGGGUUCAUCGUCCCCAGAUAUCAUUUUUGACUUUCAAUUAUGAUUCCACCUCAUGUCACAGGAACAAAUUGCAAUAAGUGCAGCAGCUGAAGUCAGACUUUUGUGAUCUCUGCAUAUUUCUUCAAUGGAAAACCAUUUUGGUAGAUUUGUGAUUUUGGAUUCUUUUUCGUUGCGGUAAUCGCAUUCAAAGCAUCUUGUAAAGCUUGUUUGGAUGCUGCGAAAUGGGGUCACCCGACUUGCUAAAGAAGGCCGCAAGUGCGGAACAGGGCGAGCAUAGAUGUAAUGGAUAGAGAACUCGCUCAAGAAAGUUUUCUAAUGUUUUUUCCCCCUCCUUUGUAUAUCUUGUCAAUAACAAGAAAAGGAAUGCAGGAAUACGUACGGAAGUUAUUUUCCUUUUUUUAGUCAUUUGGUCUUUCUUCGUUUUGAGUACAAUAUUGAUUGUUGAAAGAAACUAUUAGGCUGGAGGAAAAAAAAAACAGAAUUCUUUCUAAUAUGUUUUACGUCUUUUUGUGUGACACUAAUCUUAUUACGUGAGGACUGAAGCUAUGUAAAUGUAUUUGUAUUGAAGCAAAAGUAGAAUCUUUAAAUCAA